CAAGCUGUUUGGCGGCUACAAGAUCACGCCCAGACCGUGCCAGGGCUCCAAGGCGGGGCUCAAGGAGGCCGUGACGGGCAUCUGCAUGUUCAACUACGAGUGCAGCCGGCGCAGCGGCGAGGUGGUGGGCACGUGCACCGACUCCUUCCUGUUCGGGGCGUGCUGCCGGCUGCCGCCCGGGGCCGUGUACGCCCCCGACGACGUGGACGAGCUGGUGGCCGAGCGGCCCGAGAACAACAAGCUGCCCGUCGCCCCGACGAGGCCGCCGCCGACGCCCGCGCCGCCGCCGGGCUCCCGCCCUGUCGCGUCGUCGGGGACCAUCGCCGUGGACCCGCUCGACUCGGCCAUGAUCAACGACCUGUUCCUCAACGCGGCGCUGCACCGGCCGCCCGCCCAGGGCACGUACGCGUCGCCCGACACCGUGCUGCUGCACAAGAACGGCUCCGUGGUCACGGACGAGGGCGACAACCUGGAGGAGCUUCUGUUCAACAGGCCGCUCACCGCCACCAGCAAGUCCCCUCCGGACACGUCAGCCUCCGGGCUGGACUCCGGGCCCGCAACCGGGCUGGGCUCUGGACCCGCCCACCCCGAGCUCACCACGUUCAGCUACGUGACGGGGCCGGACGGGGCGGCCGCCACGGCCUCGUCGCCGUCCUCGGACCACCCGCACCCCACGACCAAGCUGGUGAGCCACUUCGCGUCCACGGGGCGGCCGUACCCGUCGGAGCCCACGUCCUGGGACCAGAUCGUGCAGUCCAACUCGAUCCAGGACGCGAAGGACGAAAAGGAAAAGGCGACAACGUCCAGCUCUUCUACCAAGCCGUACGUGGCCGCCUCGACCACGUUCUACACGCAGCCAGCCCCUCCGCGCAUCACCAAGCCCACCUUCUACUCGUCCACCACGAAGUGGCACACGACGGGCGUGACGACGCAGAGGCUACCGUCCUUCCGGCCCAAGCCCAGCACACCCUCACCCCCCAAGCUGACGUCCAAGCGGCCCGUACCCACCCUCAGCGACCACUUCGUGCAGGUGCCGCUGGUGACGGCCAACUCUCAGAAUGGCGUGACGUUACCCGACACCCCUGCAGACGACAACAUCGAGGUGGCCACCAACGCGGCGUCCAUCAGUCACAUCCUGUCCAUCCUCAACAACUCUUCGCCCACGCUCAUCGACCAGGGCCCGGACCCCGUCGCCGAGCCCGAGGCGCACCCUGACCCCCACAACACGACCUCGGGCGUCUCGACGUGGGUGUCCGUGAACGGCGACAAGCCCAAGCCGCUCAGCCAGCAGUUCAACACGGACAGCACCGAGAGCCAAGACGACGACGACGACCUCACAACUCCCAGUAAGGAGUACCCCACCGAGACGACCAGCAAUCUGGUCACCCUAUCGACCUUCUACUCGUCAAAGCGGCCGGCUUCCACGCAGGGCUCAAGCUACUACACGAGCGUGCCAACCAGGCAGCCGCCCCCGCGACCCACCCCGCGGCCCACCACUAGGCCCAGCGUCAGACCCAGCGCCAGGCCCACCGUGCGGCCCAUCACGGCCCGCCCGCCCACCAGCACCACGGUCAAGGUGCACGGCCCGGGCUUCGGCGUCAAGCCCUCCACGCCGCAGUACUACCCGAGCUCCAGCCCGGCGUCCUCGCACUACAGCGCCGAGCCGAGCACGGCGUACGAGACGACGGUGCUCUUCAACCCGGACGUGCAGACCAACGUGCAGGACGACGACUACUACCCCACCGUGAGCGUGACGCCGCCCCCUGCUGACUACGGCCACUACAGCCCGUAUCCGUCGGCGUACCCGCCCACCCCUCCGCCACCCAUCCACUCGCACUACGAGGCGCCGCUCACGGCCUCCCCCCCGCCGCCCGUGCCCUCCACCUCGCUGCGCCCGCCCAAGCCCUCGCCCAUGCCGCCGCCCGCGCCCACCGUCAUCGUGCUGGGCCCGUACGACCCCGUGACCAACCCCAGCAGCGGCGGCGGCUACCCCACGAGGAGGCCGGCGGUGCCCGUGUCCUCGACGACUGAGAGCUCCGCGCUGCCCAGCCCCAACCUGGUGUACACGCAGGUGCCGUCCAACCACGGCCAGGGCGGGACAGUCACCAUCAUCACCAAGCGCCCGCAGCGGCCCAGCUCGGUCACGGCCAGCACGACCACGACGGUCACCAAACGCACCCCCAUCACCAUCUCCACGUCGUCGUACACCACCCCGCAGCCCAUCGUGUCCUCGGAGAUUGUGCAGACCGUCUCGGCGCAGCUGGGCGCGGGGACGAUCUCGCCCGGGCGGCCGCAGACGGACCACGAGCUCGUGGCCUUCCCGCCUGUCCGGGACCCCAACCUCAACGUGACCAGCUACCCGGGCCACACUACCAUCAACGAUGAGGACUACACCGAGUACCCGCCCGAGUACACCGAGUACACGACCCCGCACCUGGACGACACCAACCUGGACAACAAGGUGCACGGUUUUGUUGACAAGAUUGUGCAGUCGCUGCAGGGCAACUUCGAGGAGCUGGAGAACGUGCUAUUUAGCGGCGACAAUAGCACCAGCAGCGCCAAGCCGGUCUUCUACACGACCACCACGCGCCGCCCAACCAUCCUCUCUACCCUGGCAACCUCGCUCCGGCCCACCAGGACCACGACCAGGCGGCCGCCUACCCGGCCCAGCAAGCCGUCCACGGCCACCAUCACCAUCACGACGCGGAAGCCGCCGACCAAACGACCCACCACGCAGGCCACUACCAAACGGCCCACAACGAGGCCCAAACCCUCCACCGUGCCCACCAGGAGGCCCAAGCCCACCAAGAAGAAGCCCACCACGACGCCGCCGCCCGAGGAGGACGAAGACGAGGACGAGGACGAUCAGUCGUCCACCAGCGGCUACGGCAGCAGCUCCACCGCGACGGCCGAGGACUGGGACACGCCCGACUACAGGAGCCAGUGCGGGGUGCGGCCCCACGUCAAGUCGGGCCGAGUGGUGGGCGGCAAGGGCGCGCGCUUCGGGGAGUGGCCGUGGCAGGUGCUCGUCCGCGAGUCCACGUGGCUCGGCCUCUUCACCAAGAACAAGUGCGGCGGCGUGCUCAUCACCCAGAAAUACGUCAUCACGGCGGCUCAUUGUCAGCCAGGAUUCCUCGCCUCUCUGGUCGCGGUGUUCGGCGAGUACGACAUCUCGGGCGAGCUGGAGCCCAAGCGCUCUGUGUCCAAGAACGUGCGCCGGGUCAUCGUGCACCGCCAGUACGACGCGGCCACCUUCGAGAACGACCUGGCGCUGCUCGAGCUCGAGUCGCCCGUCUCCUACGACACGCACAUCGUGCCCAUCUGCAUGCCCCAGGACGGCGAGGACUUCACCGGCAGGAUGGCGACGGUGACGGGCUGGGGUCGGCUCAAGUACGGCGGGGGCGUCCCCAGCGUGCUCCAGGAGGUGCAGGUGCCCGUCAUCGAGAACAGCGUCUGCCAGGAGAUGUUCCAGACGUCGGGCCACGCCAAGAACAUCAUCGGCAGCUUCCUGUGCGCGGGCUACGCCAACGGCCAGCGGGACUCGUGCGAGGGCGACAGCGGCGGGCCGCUGAUGGUGGAGCGGGACGACGGCCACUGGGUGCUGGUGGGCACGGUGAGCCACGGCAUCAAGUGCGCCGCGCCCUACCUGCCCGGCGUGUACAUGCGCACCACGUUCUACAAGCCCUGGCUCAAGUCCAUCACGGGCGUGUCAUGAGCCCGCCCCUUGAGGAGGCGCGGUGACGCUCGCCUACCCCAUCUUGCCAUCGACUACAGACUGAACUAGGACGCCGCGCGGCCGCGCGCCCUGAAGCGCGGGUCGCGAUAUGGGAGGGUGAUGAGGCUCGCGGUCGGAAACGAACAAAACUUGUUGGCCGGGAGGCUGCUCUCCCCGCCGCCGGACGACUGCGAGGUUGCAACCCUCUGGCAGGGGCUGCGCGCGGUCCCCCGACUCCGAUCGGUUGACUCACGUGUGUGUGUGUGUCAUGCGGUUGGAUGGUUCCUGUUCCCUCGGGCCCCGCGUCGCAGCCCCGCUGUGCGUGUGUGUAUGUGUGUGCGUGUGUGUGAGUGUGUGUGUGUAGCGGGUGUGAUGGUGUUGCCAUAAGGGGCUUCGCACAACUCCUUUCUCUCACGUUUUGUGUUUUCAAGCAACGAGUCCGACAGCUUUGCCUGCUGUCCAUCUUCCUUUCGGUACAAAUUGUCUCUGCGAGGGACUGCAGGUCAGACACUGCAGCUAUCAGUUCCACUGGCAGCACUGGACCGUGCGUGAGUGACCGCUCGGUGAGGCGGCGCCCUGCUCUCGACGUCGAAAGCUGAACCCCUCGUUAAAAAAAAUAAGAAAAGUGCUCAAUUAUUCGUGGAAAUUAUUUGUCAUUGGUUUCAAACUAAAUCUCUAGUCCAUCCCCGCGCUUCCCCUUCGGCCGCAACAGGUCGUCGGGCGUGGCACGCCGUCCGAAAGUGCAAGUGCAGUGCAAGUGCAGUGUGUCUGUGAUCCUAACCAGAUUGGGAAUGCUCUUUCAUGUCAAGAAACUGUUUCCGGAGAGUUGCCACAGUUCCCGUGCCGCCGCCUCACCAGGCCCGGUUUGAUUUAAGAGUAGUGAUGUCUGUCCGGACAAAAAGUGUACCAUUCUGCUCCUUAUUUUUUGUGAAAGCUGUCCCCAAGCUGUGGAAAUGUAGAAAGUGUUAUUCAUUUAUUUAUAUGUACAUUUGUUUUUCAAUUAUUUAUGUUACUUACUUAUUUAUUUAAUUAUUUAUGUAUUUAUCUUAUAUAUCUUGUCAGCGGCACUUCAUUCUGACAUUUCCAUGGCUUGAGGGCGACGCUACUGUAUGUAUGAUAGUGUAGAGAAAAAGACACUAAUGCAAAAUGGGUUUGUGUAUGAAUGGAAACGUGUACAAAAUUAUGUACAAAUUGUAGAUUCAGUAUCUUAAAUUAUUAACGUCACUUCCUUCUCUGUCUUCGAAACUUUUUACAAGUAAUCCUUUUUAACAUCUGUCUUCUUCCUUCGGUAAUUCUUAGUGCAUAACCAGAUGCAUCAUCUGUGAUACCCGCCGAGUCCUCGAAUUAUAUUCAUUGUCUUGUUAA